AGCUGUUGACUAGUGUUGACUAACGUUGAAUUUAAAGUGAAAAGUCACACAGUUUAGUGAAAUAAUUAUUAAACAUAAUUAUUAAAGUUCAUGCAGCUAUGUCCUUUAGAUAAUUCAUCAAAUACGAGUGCUCCUACACAGGAGAUUUGUGUGUGUGUGUGUGUAUUGUGCCCCGCAUUGUCGUAAUUUUUAUACAACUCAGUUGAAAAGUCGAAGUGUGAGGCUGCCUGCCUGCGUGCCAUUUUUACAGUCCAAGCCCCGAAUACUUACAACCAAGCGAGAUUAGUGCAUUUUCCUAACGUGAUGACGUCCACUAGCAAUCUGGCAGAUGUUGUUCGCCACUAUCAACGCAGCAUUGAACGCCAUGGCGAAGAUGAGACACGACUGUUGCACUGCAUCACAAAGCUGUUUAACCUGCCCAUCACAUUCGAGCACCUUCAGGAAACAGGCAUUGGUAAAACGGUCAAUGCACUGCGAAAGAUUAACGGAGAGGUCGGCGUUGCAGCCAAAACACUAGUCACAAAAUGGAAGGCUAUGGUCGCUGCUGAGGAGGAACCCGCUCCACAGACUAACAAAAAUGAAGAGGAUUCAAACAGAUCAAAUGGUCGGCGAUCCAGUGAAGAGGAUCAGGAUCAAGAGAACAAAGGCAGCAAUUCCUCCGGCGGUGAAGACUCCCGUCACAGGCACAAGUCAAAGCAUGAAGAACGUUCCAAGAACAGCGAUCAUAAGAGCAAAUCGAGCAGCAGCAGCAGUAAGAGUCACUCAAAAAGCCGAUCGGAGAGCGAGAAGAAACACAAAAGCAGUAGCCACGACAAGUCAAAGCCGAAGGACAGCGACAGCGAUAGGCACCGCAAAGACCAAAAAACCAGCAGCAGCAGCAGUGAGCACCGCAAAUCGAAGGAGUCCGUAACCAAGCCCAGCAGCAACCACCAUAAAAGCAGCAGCGAGGGUAACCAUCACAGCAGCAGCAACAGCAGCAGCAAGCAGCGGCAUCACAGCAGUCAUAAAAGCGAGCACAGCAAAUCGAGACAUGAAAAAAGCAAAGAAGACAAAUCGCAGCACAGCGAACAAAAGGUGGCCAAAGAAAAGUCGGACAAACACAAAUCUUCCUCAACGUCAACCAAGUCAUCCAAGCGAUCACGAAGUCCGCAGCGUACACAAGAUGAUGAAUCGCCAAAGGCCAAAAUAGCAAAAGUAAAACCCAAAGCGGAUCCAGUCGAGCACAAGGAGACCGCUGAUGAGUUUGACUCCAGCAUGGGCGCUAAUUUUGACGAUGUGCUUGGUAUGCUCAACAUGCCAAUGAGUAGCAAAAAGAUUACUAACAAGCUCAAGUCGCCCCACAAGCCAACAACAAUAACUACAACAACAAUUGGAUCUUCCUCUAGUUCAACCAAACGAACAACGGCAACAACAUCAACUUCCAGUAGCAGCAAACUCUUAAGCACAAAGAAACCUGAGCUGCUGGCACCCACAGCUAAGCUAGAGCCUCUGGAUCCCAGCAUAGCAUUAGAACUGCCUACUAUAUCGAACAAUUAUAAGCCCAUGCCGCUGAAUCAAACAGUCAUGGAUGUUGUCUUCAAUCAUGGUCUCGGCAACAAUGCGCCCAAGGCACAUCGCAAUUUUAAUGAGUCUGAAGCGCUGGCAGCUGGCAUAUCAUCCAAGACAAUGCGCACCAAAAUCUACUCUGGCGUCAGAACUGGACAAAUACUGCAGGUGCCGUCGCUCUUUGAUCUUUGCACGCGUGUACUGCAAAAGAAUAUUGAUGCCCUGGAAUAUACGGGGGGUGUGCCCUUUGAUGUGCUGCGUCCAGUACUGGAGCGCGCUACACCACAUCAACUGUUGAACUUCGAAGAGUACAAUCCUUAUCUAAUGGAGGACAGCGAUGUGCUGUGGCAGCAACAUGUACAGCGGCAUUGUCGUAGUCAACGGAGGGAAGAAAUGGAAACGUGGCGUGAAAUGUUUUUGCGAUGCGAGGAAGAAAAGGAACGCAAGCUUAGCACAAUUGCCGAGAGUAUAAAAGCAUCACAGAAAAUAAGCGAAGCGCCCGUGCGCAAAACUCAAUUGGCAUUUGUUGAUUCAAUGGUGAAGCCACCGCGUAAUGUACAGCGCAAGCAGGAACAAUAUGGCACCAAGGGCAAGCUAAUUGCCACGCCCGCGGCACGUGUGGCCGCCUUAUCUAGUGUUACGCCUAAUGCGGCCAAGGUAGGCGACGCUAGACUUCGUGUGCUUAGCACGGCGCGCGACUCGGCUCAAGUUGCUGCGGCUCCAAUGCGUAACAAGAAGGCACCGUUAAUGGCAAAGGCAUUACAGCUGAUACGUGGACGUCACAAGCGUUAGAGCAAGUCGAUUACCAACUAAUGCAAACUAUACUCAUUUGUUAUGAAUUACACCCAACAUUUAUUAAAGCACAGUCAGGACUAUCAAACACAUUAUGUUCCACAAUUAACUUAUAACAAUGGAUAAGGUAUUAGUGUGUCAAUAGAAUCGACUAUGACAAAAACUCCGUGUACUACAUACAAAUUUAUUUAUUCAUGCUCUGCGCCCAUAUUUAUAUAAAUAGAGCUUAAGUUUUUAAAGUCGAA